GGCAUGCAUGCAGCAGCUGAGCCUCCAAUAGGGGACACUGGAACACUAGAACUCACAAUGGGAUCGUACUCAAGGCCACAAACAACACCACUGCACCUACAAUGACACCCACUAUGCCGGUGUGGUGCGUAUCCCCAGCCAUCGGAAGUAUACGGAGGAACAACAACAAAGAUAAGAUCGAUAGGUCAACUGCGCUCAGGAGAUGACGCGUCGGAUAAAUCGGCUCGAAGCCAGCGACUCACUCCUCACGACAGCUUCCAAAGCAGCAUCGGCAGCGUCAGCAGGGGUAAGGUGGUGGGGAUGGUUGCAUGGGGGGAUACUGGGAAUGGGAUCCAUCACCGGCGGGGGAAUUGGGGCAGGUCUCCGAGGACAGAGACGGCUGCAUUUAAAGUUGAGCCAGCGAGUGGCCCUCAGACCCCCGCGCAGCAGCACGCCAAGGCCACCGGACAGUCACCCUGCGGUGCAGUCUGUAUUAUUGCCUCAGGAGGCGCCAAGUCUCCGCGCUCCGGAACACCUUGGCGUUUCCGCUGGGGCCACUCGGCCGCUGCACCAAUCAUAUCGCUCGAACUCGGGUCUCGAUGCUCGUACUGGCUCACGUGGCGGAAUGCUGUGGUCGUAUGCGUCAUAAUCCCGAAAGAGGCGAGACUCGCCGACUUCGCGCCCAAGGUUGGCGCCAAGGCAUCGCUUCCGGGGGUUCUGUGAUUGGCGCUUGGCGG